AUGGUGGACAGCGACACGAACUCCCCGACGUGGAAGUUCACCCAGUACGUUCUCACCCAUCUGCCUGCAUCGACCAUGCCCAGUGUCCCCUCUUCCCACCCCCUCUCUAUUCUUGUUUAUGCCCCGCCUUCGUCAUGGCUGAUUGCUCACACGGCAUACAGGUGCUUUGGAGACAAGGGCGACGUGGAGGACAUCACCGAAGCUGAUAUAAUCUCGACGGUUGAAUUUGAUCACACGGGCAAUUACCUUGCGACAGGAGACAAGGGCGGACGAGUCGUGCUGUUUGAGCGAAACGAGACGAAAAAGACUUGCGAGUACAAGUUCCACACGGAAUUCCAGUCUCACGAGCCCGAGUUCGAUUAUCUCAAAUCCCUCGAAAUCGAAGAGAAGAUCAACAAGAUCAAGUGGUGCCGCCGUCAGAAUGCUUCCCACUACCUGCUCUCAACAAAUGACAAGACGAUCAAGCUGUGGAAGGUUUUCGAGAAGUCACUCAAGGUCGUUGCCGAGAACAACCUGUCCGAUGACUUGACCCCCGCCAACAUCGCUGGCGGCGGGGGUGCCCCGAGACCGACCCCCGCCCAUCGAUUCAAGAACUCAGAGGACCUUAUCAUGCCCCGUCUCACCCACCACGACACCGUCGUUGCCGCCGUUCCCCGUCGGACCUACGCGAACGCCCACGCAUAUCACAUCAACAGCAUAUCUGUCAACAGCGACGGCGAGACAUUCAUCAGUAGCGACGACCUGCGUAUCAACCUGUGGAACCUCAACAUCCAGGAUCAGAGCUUCAACAUCGUCGACAUCAAACCGGCCAACAUGGAGGAGCUGACUGAGGUCAUCACCGCGGCAGAAUUCCAUCCCCUGAGUUGCAACUGGUUCAUGUACGCAAGCUCCAAGGGCACCAUCAAGCUUGCCGACAUGCGAGAGAGUGCUCUCUGCGACCGUCAUGCCAAGCUCUUUGAGCAAGAAGAGGACCCAUCCUCGAGAUCGUUCUUCUCCGAAAUCAUCUCCUCCAUCUCCGACGUCCGCUUCUCCUACGACGGCCGCUACAUUCUGUCGCGCGACUACUUGACGGUCAAGAUCUGGGAUAUCAACAUGGAGCGCCAGCCCGUGAAGACCAUUCCUAUUCACGAACACCUGCGUCCGCGUCUUUGCGACACAUAUGAGAAUGACAGUAUCUUCGACAAGUUUGAGGUCGUCUUCUCAGGCGAUGCCAAGAACGUCAUGACCGGCAGCUACAACAACAACUUUAUGAUCUACCCGUCUGACCCCGACAAGGAAGUCGAAGUUGUCCUGCAAGCCGACAAGUCGGCGUUCAAGGCGAAGAAGGUUGGCGUGCCGACGCCCAUCAACUCGGCUACUAGCCCAACAGCCACCAACGGUGGCAAGAAGGGAGGUUCCCGUGCCGGUAGCCCUGCUGCCGGAGCCGGUGGUCAGGGUCAACGAAUGCGCAAGGAAACUGAUGCCGACCAGAUUGAUUUCAAUAAGAAGAUCCUGCACAUGAGCUGGCAUCCCUUCGAGGAUAGCAUUGCGAUCGCGGCGACGAACAACGCUCUGACAGCCUCGAUGACCUCCUCGACGACAUCGCGAAGACGCGGCCAGCCGCAAGGCACCACAUCGAUGACUUCGGAGAAGAUGGACCCCAGCGUCAACCCCCGAGGUCGGUAUGACAAGGCUGCUUCUCCGGCACCCAAUGGCCUGGCCAUGAAUGGGCAUGCUUUGCACGACACCGAAUCCGAAAAGCCCAUCCAAGCCGCUGGCCGCAUUGUCGUCGGCCUCUUCUCCCAAUGGAUUGCUGUUGGUGUCAUGUUGGGCCUGAUAUUUGGCGGGUGUUGCUCCAAUGUGUACGCCCUCGAAGCCAUCAUCAAGGUCGAGCCAUCGAGCGGAACUCUCUUGACUUUUGUCCAAUUUCUUUUUGUGGCCGUAACCGGAUAUUUUUCCCAAUUCGACCGAUCGAGACCACCUUUCUUCCUGCGACAGAAUAAGGUGCCACUGCGUCGCUGGCUUGUCAAUAUUGUGCUGUUCUUCAGCAUCAACGUGUUGAACAACCACGCAUUCAGCUACGACAUAUCCGUGCCCGUCCACAUCAUCCUACGCUCUGGAGGCAGCAUCACUACCAUGAUUGCCGGGUCUCUCUAUGGGAAGAAGUACUCGCGCAUCCAGAUUGUGGCUGUUAUCCUGUUGACUUUGGGCGUCAUUACUGCUGCCUGGUCCGAUGCGCAGUCCAAGGCAAGCCAUACCAAGACCAUUCAUUUCACGAACAAGUCACCCGACCAGAUCGACCGCCCAGCUUUCGGAACCGGGCUCGUCAUUCUUUUUGUGGCCCAGAUUCUCUCGGCCAUUAUGGGGCUCUACACCGAAGAGACUUACAAGAAGUACGGACCGCAGUGGAAAGAGAACUUGUUCUACUCUCACCUGCUGUCUCUCCCGCUCUUUUUGCCUUUUACGCCCUCUCUCACUCGUCAGUUCAGACGAUUGGCAGAUAGUCCGCCCUUAUCUUUGCCGAUGCUGGGGCAGACAUCGAGUCUUGGUCUCGCGGAAGAAUUGGGGGGAGGACUGGUUAAGCUUCACAUCCCGAGCCAGUUGGUUUACCUCGCGACCAACGUUCUCACACAAUAUGCGUGCAUUCGAGGCGUUAAUCUUCUGGCGGCCGUGUCUUCGGCACUCACGGUCACCAUCGUCUUGAACAUUCGCAAGCUUGUCAGCUUACUCCUCAGCAUUUGGCUAUUUGGAAACCGUCUGGCCGUGGGCACGUUGAUAGGAGCUGUCAUUGUGUUUGGGGCUGGAGGACUUUACUCUCUUGAUUCUAGAGCCAAGACGUCGCGGGUGCAGAAAGGCGGCAACAAAUAG